UUUCGCCUAGAUUCAUCGGCGUUUUCGACUCUCCUCGACUCCAUCGGGAUCGCUCGCCGUCGCCAUGAUGAAUCCGGAGCUGAUGAGGAUGGCGCAGGAGCAGAUAAGCCGCAUGCCCCCCGACGCCUUCGCCAGGAUGCAGCAGCAGGUGAUGUCCAACCCCAACCUGGUGAGGCAAGCAACCGAGAGCAUGAGAAACAUGAGACCCGAGGACUUCAAACGAGCCGCGCAGCAGCUCAACCACACAACGCCAGAGGAAAUUCUUUGUAUGACUGAUAAAAUCGCCAACGCCAAGCCCGAGGAGCUCGCCGCCAUGAAGGCCCAAGCCGACGCACAGAUGUCGUACGCGAUAGCCGGUGCCAAGAUGUUGAAGCAGCAGGGGAACGAGCUCCAUGGCUGUGGCCAGUACACAGAUGCUGCUGCCAAGUACAAGCGUGCCAAGGAUAACCUGAAGAACGUACCGUCAGUAGCUGGGCAAACGCUCCAGCUGCAGUGUGCCCUGAAUCUAAUGUCUUGCUACCUGAAAUCAGCCCAGUUUGAGGAAUGCGUAAGUGAGGGUUCCGAGAUUCUAGCCUAUGACUCGAGCAAUGUUAAAGCCUACUACCGAAGGGGACAGGCUUACAAGGAACUGGGAAACCUCGGGGCUGCGGUUGCUGACCUGAGUAAAGCCCACGAAAUCUCCCCCGAGGAUGAAACUAUUGCUGAGGUUCUCCGAGACACUCAAAGGAAACUUGCAACUAACCUGCCAAAGGGAGUUGUUAUCGAAGAAAUCGUAGAAGAAGAAGAAGAAGAUAGCUUCCAGCCUUCGUUUCCGCAAAACGUUGUUGAGGAGAAACCUGAUGAAGUAGUAAACAGCCGAAGGAUGGACCAGCCGUCACUCGGUUCUCCACCUUCUACAGCUGACAUGCAGGACGUCAUGAGAAAUGCCAUGGAAGACCCUGAAAUUGGGAAGAUGCUUACAUCCUUGAUGAAGAACAUGAGUCCUGAUAUGAUGGCAAACAUGAGUAGGCAGUUCGGUUUGAAUCUGACGACGGAGGAUGCUGCCAACGCCCAAAAAACCAUGUCAGAAUUAUGUCCGGAACAUUUGCAGAGAAUGAUGAAGUGGAUGGACAGAGCACAACGAGGAGUAGAAGCUGCGAAGAAGGCAAAGAACUGGCUCAUAGCUAGGAAAGGCAUGAUCAUCGCUAUUGUUCUGCUGAUCCUAGCCUUCAUUCUCCAACAGCUUGUUGGAUUCUUCAGUAGGUGAUGGCCUAAACAUCCAUGAUGGCCAAUCACGUGUAUCCGAUAGAUUGGAUACAGACAAUUGUUCAGUAGACUUUUUUUCUGAGAGCGAAUCGAUAGCAUGCAAAUAAUGAUGUCAUUGGGAAAGGCCGAUAUAGUUUGAUGUGUGCAAGUGAUUAACCAAUAAAAUGGAUAACACUUUUUUAGAUAUCAUAUAAAAUACAGCAGAAAAUCCUCAGUACACCAUUGUAUGAUGAUGAGCUAAAGGGGUCUAUUUCCCAUAAACAAACGCUAAAGAUGUCUAACUGUUCGGUUGCUUGAUUUGUGAAGCGAUUCAGUUUGUCCACAUAUU